UUGUCUCUUUUUUUCUUGAAUGUUGAGUGAUGACUUUUUAUUGUUAUUCUCUUACAAUUAAAUAAUUAAAUUUAAUUGUUCUUUUUUGUUUGUUUCUUCUCUUUUUAUAGUAAAAUAAUUAAAUUGUUCACAUUCUAUCUCUCACUCUGGCUAGUGGUGAAGAGAAGAUCCUGGUUGGCCCCUGCCACCAGGCUCGCCUUCCUGAUUAUGUGGGUAACAUUUUACCCGCUGAUAUGCCUGAAGCUUGUGAGGCAUUGGAGGAGCUUCGAUGGACCCCCGGACUACCAGAUUGUGAUUUAAUUAUGUACCUUAGAGCAGCACGAAGUAUGGCUGCUUUUGCGGGUAUGUGUGACGGUGGUUCAGCUGAUGACGGUUGUUAUGCAGCUUCGAGAGAUGAUAUCACAAUUAAUGCUCUUGAAUUGUUACAUGAUAAUGGUUAUGACACUGGUAAAGCUUUACAAGCUUUAGUUAAAAAUCCCAUACCUAAAGGAACGGAUAAAAAAUGGUCUGAAGAAGAGCAGCAAAAAUUUUUUAAAGGGAUCCGUCAAUAUGGUAAAAACUUUUUCAAAAUUCGAAAGGAAUUGUUACCAUCGAAAGAAACAUCAGACUUGGUUGAAUAUUAUUAUUUAUGGAAAAAAACACCAAGAGCAGCUUCAACUGAUUUUACCUCAGCGAAUAGACCACAUAGAAGGCAUCGUCGACAAAAUGUUUUAAAGAGAAUCAGAGCAGCGAAUGCCGCAAGCCCGAGCAAUAACAAAGGUUCUAGUAUUACGGAUAACUGUGAAGACCAAAGUGAGAACAUAAGUGAUCUACAAUCACCAGUUUCUCCAUCUCAAUUAGCCGCCUCAAGUCCAAAUAAUGAUGAACCAAUUAUAAGUGAAACCUCUGAGAAAAGUGAAGAUAAAAUUGAUGACAUUCCUUCUACUGUGACAAUUAACAGCAACAAUUCAACUGUAUUAGCACACGAAGAGGAAUCAAAUGCAACCGAAGAAGAGGAAAUGAAACCUGUUACUAGCGUUAAACCAUUAAGUCCAAUUAAUGAUGAACCAAGUACCAGUGAAUCAUCUGAAAAGAAUGAAGAUGCCGCUGAAGAAGAUUCAAUCAAUGGUGUUGUUAAUAAUCAACCAACAAUUUUAAUACCUAAAGAAGAAGAGCAAAGUUCACCUGAAGACGAAGAAGAAAAGAAUGUUCCAAUUGAUGAAGAUAUUGCCACCGAAGAAGAGAAAGAAAUAUCGGACGAAGAGAAGAAUCUUUCCGAAGGAGAGAAAAGUCCCUCUGAAGAUGAAAAGAGUCCACCUGAGGAGGAAAAGAACGAACCUGAAGAAGAUAAACCAGAAAUUUCACAAACCCAUUCAAUUUCUCGACCAUCAUCUCCACCAUCAUCAUCAUCACCACCACCAUCAUCUCAACCCCAACAAUCCGAAACCCUUUCAAAAGCCAACUGUCAAACAACAAUUCAACCAACACCAGGACCAAUCCCGGUACCGACAAAAGUACCAACACCUACUUCAGCACCGAUUCCACUUAAAAGCAUGUGGGAUAUUGAUAAUCAAAUAGACAAAGAAAUUAAGAUUAGAAAAUCAGAACCAUCUCCAACCUCCAACUCGUCUAAUCCCGUUACAUGUACUCCCUUGCUGAUUCCGAAGCGAGAACCACAACAACAUCCACCAUCUCAUCCGUUUACUUUUCCACAUCAUAUGUUACACCCUAUCUUACCGCAACAUGAUAUUCCUCAUCUUCCAAAAAUGAAUAGUCAAACAAGUAUCCAAUCAGCAUCUCAACCCCAACCCCAACCACCACCACCUCCUUCUCAAGCACCACCACGUCCACCAUCAAAAAAUAUGUGGGAUAUUGAGAGUCAAGUAGACAAAGAGGUUAAGAUUAAGAAAUCAGAUCCAAACCUCCCUUUCCUUACUUCCUUUUCAUCUAAUCCCAAUUCUUCACCUUUGUUGAUUCCAAAACGAGAACCACAAUUACAACAAUCACAUCAUCAACAUCAACAGCAACAGCAACAGCAACAGCAACAGCAACAGCAACAACAUCAACAACACUUACAGCACCAACUCCAACACCAACAGCAACUUCAGCACCAACACCAGCAGUUGCAGCAACAACAGCAACAACAGCUACAGCAACAGCAACAGCUACAGCAGCAGCAGCAGCAACAACAACAACAUCAACACCAACAGCAGCAUCAUCAACAACAUGCAUCACCCCAACAUCAUCAACUCCCACCAACUCAUCCUUUCUUUUCUCAUAUGUUACAUCCUGGGUUAGCACAACAUGAAAUUCCACCUCCUCCCAAAAUUCAUAGUCAGACAAAUAUUCAAGCAUCAAAAAGUUUAUGGGAGAUCGAGAGUCAAGUGGACAAAGAGAGUAAAGUUAAAAAAUCAGAGCCAUCUCCGACUUCUUUCACUUCUAAUCCUAGUUGCUCACCUUUAUUGAUGUCAAAAAGAGGAGACACACUUCUUACCCCUUCUCAUGGAUUUGCCUAUCAUCCAAUGUUACCUCCUUAUUUCACUGCCCCAACUGGUCCACCUCCUUCACCUCAUUGGUAUGCAGGACCCAGAGGACUUCAACCUGGACACAUGGGAUUCCCUUCCCAUGGAAUACCGACUCCGUCACCUCAUCCUCACCCUCCGCCUCCAUCACCUCAUUCUCACUCUCAUUCUCAUUCUCAUCCACAUUCUCAUUCACAUCCUCCUCCACCUCCACAUUCAUCAAGUUUUUCAUCUUCUAAACCUAAAUCACCCGUCACCUCACAUUCAAGUCGCAUACCAAACAGUAGUCCUGCAUCACAACCCUCGAUAUUUCAUGGUUUACCACCACAAUCAGUUUCCAAUUUAUCUUCCUCUUUAUUUGGACAAGGACCAUUGUCCGGUAAACAUGGUUCAUUAGAUCUUCAAGUGAUAGAAGUUGAAGAAGAACGACCCUCACCUCAUAUCGCACGAGGUCCAAGUCCAGAGCUCAAAAUUGAUGAUAGCGAAUGUCAUCGUAGUCAAUCUGCAAUAUUUCUUCGUCAUUGGAAUCGCGGUGACUUCAAUUCCUGUGCAAGAACUGAUUUAACAUUUAAACCAGUACCUGAUUCUCAAUUAGCCAGAAAACGUGAGGAAAGGGCUCGCAAAGCUGCUGAGAAAGAAAGAGAAGAGCAAAAGAAAUUGGCUGCUGAAAAAAGUCAAUUUGGUCACGGAAGUGAUCCAAAUCAUCAUCUAAGUCCAUUUGAUCGUCAUACUCCAAGAUCGGCUAAUUUCGCGGACUCUCCAGCUUUGAGGCAUCUAAGUGAAUAUAGUCGACCACAUGGAGCUUUCUCACCAAAUUUCCCUCGACCCACCAUGGCUGGUCCAAUGGUCGGUGGUCCAAAUCCAUUUACUGUUCCAAUCUCUGAAGCAUCUCAUGUAAUGGAUUCUGUUAAUAUGCUCUAUCAAAUGAACCUUUUCGGUGGACCAGCAAUGGCCAGACAAAGGAUGGAAAAUGAGGAGAGAGAAAAACGAGAUAGAAUUGAAUUCGAAAAAAGAGAACAGCUGAAAGAAUUAGAAAUGAAAAGUCGAAUGGCUUCUCUGGUUUCAGGUCAACCACCGAAUCUUCCACCACAUGCAUUAUUUGAUCUUCCAUGGCUUGAAAUGCAAAGACGACUUGUUGCUCAUUCGGCCGCAGCAACAGGAGCUCAAAUGGGACAUAAUCCACCAGGAACUCCGGCUCCUCCUGGAUCAAUCGGAUCACCUUUUUCACUUUAUAAUCCAAAUGAAAGAGAAAGAAAUGAAAUGAGAUCAUUGUUACCACCAGCUAAUAAUAACGAAGCUCUUGCGGCUGCCGAACGAUAUCAAGCUGAAAGAUUAGGUUUAUUGGAUCCAAUGAUGCGUUUCCAAUUGUCGGGUCUUUCAGCUUCCGAGUUACACUCUCAUGCUCAUACUCAUGCACAUAAUCAUGCUCAUGCUCAUACUCACUUACAUUUACACCCUACAGACUCAAUUGCAGCGGCUGCAGCGGCUGCAAUGUCUCAAGGACCUUUGGAUCCAUUGAUAAGAGCUGAUGGAUCCCUUCACUCUGGUCAUUCAUUGCUGCCUCCAAAUGCAUAUCCUGGUGGGCCAAGAUCGGGUUUAAUUCCUAGACCUGAGAUGAUGCAUCCUGGUGCGGGUGGACUAUUAAGACCUCCAUUUGAUGAUCCAUCUUCUGGUCCUUGCCUUAUGAAUCCAAUGAUGCAGCUUAGACAACAAAGAUUUUGAUCUUGAACGUAAAAAAAAAUUGUGAUGAUAAUUAUAUUACCAAUUAUUAAUUUAAGAAGGUCCUAUGUAAUAUAAUGAUUGUCGUUGAUUCAAAAAUUUGAUCACAUUUGUUAUUAUGAUUACCAAUGAAACGAGAGUAGCUCAAUCAAUUAUCAAUUGAGACAAAGUUUCAAAUUUUUGAAUGACAAUUUUAAUCUAAAUCAUCAUUGUGUAAAAAGAACCAGGAAAUUUAAUUUAAUUUCCAAUUGUUGGUCUCAGUUUUAUCUACAUGAUUUAAACUCACCAACUCUAAUUCACAAGAUUUAAUUGGAAUUAUGAACAAUUAUGGCAAGAGAAAAACAAAUUUUCCAAUUGACCAACAGCCGAAACUCAACAACUGACAAACAAAACAAACAAUUCGAUGCAAAAAGAUUAACCCUUUCCCCUUAACCACCAGCCAUUAUUGUUAAUUAAUCAUCAAUUAAUUUACAGCAUCUUUUUUUACCGCAUGCAUACAAAUCUCAUCGUCAUCAUCACCACCAUCACAAUCAAUUUUAAUCAAUAAUCUUAAUAUAUUUAAAUGUCAUAUACAAUAUUUAAGCUAACAUAUUUAUCCAUUUUGAGCUGGAAACCUUUUAAAUUGGCUCAAACUUGUUGCGCAAAAACAAAAGUGUAAAAGACAUCACACCAGAUCAUCAUCAUCAUCAUCAUCUUCAUCUUCAUCUUCAUCUUCAUAAACAUUGGCAUCAUGAAAAGAAAGUAAAACAACACAACAAAUGACAGAAUCACUAAUUGUCAUCCAAUUAGUGAUUUAAAAUUGGUUCAUUGACUUGAUCUAUUUCUCACUUUCUCUUUCUUUUUUUUCCUUCUUCCUCUUUUUAAUUGUGAGCCAAAAACAAAUUUAAUUGUAUCAAUUAUUCAAUUUAUCAGAAUUGAAUUUCUCUUGAUAAUUUUUAAUAUCUCUCUGGUUAAUUUCACUGUGUGUCCGGUUAAUUAAUAAGACAAAUUAUCAUGAGUUGUUAAAAUACAAAACAAUUAACUCUGUAUACAAAAUUAUAUAUAUAAAUUGACAACAAACAACAAUUAACCAAAUCAAAAUUAUUGUCUUUUAUUAGUAAACAUUUAAUUAAGACUAUAAACAUAAAAUGAAUAUGAGAAAA